AUGGUGGCGUGUGGCGUGACGACGAUGCGCGCACUCAGGGCGAUCGACCCGCGCAGCCGGCUCGGACUGCUCUACUGGGCGCUGGUGGUGCUGCGCUGCAUCAGCGCGUUGUUCGGAUACGCCUACAUCCAUCCGGACGAAUGGAUGCAGUCGGGCGAAGCCUACUUUGGCGCGGCGUCGCUGCCGUGGGAAUGGCAGCCUCGACAUGCGCUACGCUCCCCCGCCGCGCUUCGUACGCAGUACGCUGCGGUGCCCGCACUGUCGCUGUUGACGAGCGAUGGGGGGUGGGGGAGGUUCGUGGCGCAGCGCGCAGCGAUGGUGGUGUGGACGCUCGUGGUGGAUGCGGCGGUGGUGGCGACGUUGGAGCCAGGACUGGCGCGCAGGCUGCUGUGUCUGUACGGCGUCUCGAGUGCAGCUACGACGUUCAUGGUGAGGCCGUUCAGCAACUCGACCGAGGCAGUGCUGCUCGCGCUCAGCCUGGUGUCCGUGCUUGCGUUUGUGCGCGAUGAUUCGUGGUAUCGAGGAGGCGUGUGGAAGUGGACAGUGCCGGUGCUGCCGGUCAUGACGGCAGUGGGCGUAUUCACCAGGUUCACGUACGUCGCCUUUGCAGCGCCCGUACUCGCCCUAUUCCUGGUGCAAUUGGUCGAAUUGGCUCGAAAGGGCUACGCGGGCAAGGUGGCGGGGUGGCUGGCGUUGGCAGCAGGGAGCGGCGUGGCAACUACGGCCGUAUACCUCGGCAUCGACACGCAUUUCUACACUCGAGCGGGGGUUGCUGAAGUGGCGAGCGUGCGGUGGCGUGGAAUGGAAGCGGUAGUGGCGCCGCUCAACGCACUGGCGUACAACGCGCAGACGGACAAUGUCGCGCAGCACGGUCUGCAUCCACGCUGGCUGCACCUCUGCGUCAACCUGCCCAUCAUGGUCGGCGUGGCCAACGUUGCUGUGCUACUCAUUCACGCCACCAACACCUUUCGCGGCUGGCUCGCAAGACAAGGGUGCAACGCUCCCAGUUCGACGCGGGAUGGGGAGGCGACAGGGGUAUCGCUGUGCAUCGUGGUGGUAGCGCUGUGCGUGCUGAGUGUAUCGCCGCACCAAGAGCCGCGAUUUCUACUUGCACUCGCAUUCCCCUCGGCGAUGGUUAUGGCGCACGCGCUAGGAUCGCGCUUUUUCCGCACCCGUCCGCGCCUCGUACGAUGGCUGGUGACACUCCACGUCGCACAGCACCUGCUCCAGAUGGUCCUCUUCUCCUUCCUCCACCAGGGUGGCCUCCUGCCCACACUGUUUGCCAUCGAGAAGGAGACGAGCCUCAAGACGCACCUGGUGUUUCGCACCUUUCCCGUCCCCACCCACCUGACCCCCCACAAGGACGUCAGGGGAUUCGACUCGUCCACCUCUCCACAACAUCUGCUCCAGAUAGCCAAGCAAGGUUGUGGACAGACAGCCAUCUACACGCCCAGCUGGUUCGUCGCCCCACUGCAACAUCUAGCUCGCGAUCAAGGUGUUUCUCUCACACCGCAGCGACACUUUACGGGACACGUGGAUCUAGAUCACCUCGAUUCGGCACUCGCGCUGCUGCGCACCUCACCCGUGACGGAGGUGUUUGCGAUCCACCAACUGCUCGUCACCUGUCCCCCAUAG